CCGUGUCCCCUCCGGCCCCGCCCGGUCCCUUCCGGGCCGGCGGCGCCCCGGGGCCGCCGCGGUGCCUCCAUGGGGCCCGGCGGGCGCUGGGUGCGGGCGGCACACACGGCCCUCAGCGCGGCCCUGACGCUCGGGCUCCUCCUGCACCGCACGGAUCUGCGCGAGCAAGAGGAGCGCGGGGAGCUGCUGCAGCCGCUCAUCUUCGUCCUGCUGGUUCUGUGCUCCGUCCUGCUGUACUUCAAAGUGUCUCUCAUGGAUCCGGGUUUUGUUAAGCCUGAAGAGGAAGCAAAGGCAGGGGAGGCUGAAGGACAGGGCCUGGUGAUCCCCCAGGCUACGGGUGACGUGAAGCUGCGGCGCUGUGGUUACUGCCUGGUGAAGCAGCCCAUGAGAGCCAGGCACUGCCAGCUGUGCCAGCACUGCGUGCGGCGCUACGACCACCACUGCCCCUGGAUUGAGAACUGUGUGGGAGAAAGGAACCACCCCCUCUUCAUUGCCUACCUGGCUGUGCAGCUGGUGGUUCUGCUGUGGGGAGGCCACGUUGCUUGGUCAGGCCUCUACUUUCAACAGUCCUGGGAAUGGCUGAAGUACAACAUUUUCCUCCUGCUCUCCUUCCUCCUGAUAGUCAUAUUCACCACUGUGGUCCUGCUGCUGCUUGUUUCCCACCUGUACCUCAUCUCGUGCAACACCACGACCUGGGAGUUCAUGUCCCACCACCGCAUCUCCUACCUGCGCCACUCCGAGCUGGACAAUCCCUUUGACCAGGGGAUCAUCCUCAACCUCUGGAGAUUCUUCUGCUCACGCCACCUCACUGCAUGGGAGCAAAUCUAUUUUCACAGGAACAGUGAGCCUGUCUAGUCCCAGGAGUACCAACACACCUGCAGGUUGCUGGGCAGAGCUUUGCUCGUGCAAUUGCUGCUGCUUCCUUGCACUGAACUUUAACACAUCACGGACUGUGCAACCUGCUCCAUGACCUGCUCGUCCUGCAAAGUACAUUUCAGGAAUAGCCAGGGUUAUUUUUUAUAUACAAAUAACACUGUUAAAGAUGAGACACUGGUUCUGGGAAGGCCAAGGCCAGCAGAGCUGAUUUCUGGUCUGAGCAAAGGUAUCUCUCUAAAUUUGCUUCCUUUUCUUAACUGCAUCCACAUCUCCUGAAGAAUUCUCUUCCCUGAGGUCUCCCUUUCCUUUUGCUGCUAGGAAAAAGCAGCAAUACAGACAAAACCAGCCAGGUUCAAUAUAAUUUUUGUGGCCUUUCUUCAGCCUAGUUCUGACUGUGAGAACUGCAGUGCCUUUUGUCAGUAGUACUGGGCAUGAAACAGAAAUACUUGAGUAAAUAUUUAGACAGUCAAAGGCAAAUUUCAUUUCAUCCACAUGCCUCAAGUUAAUGCCUUCCACAAAGCUUUGAGGCUUAACACUGUUAAUGUGCAUGAGAAACAGCUGUAAGACACCCAAUUCAGCUUAUGAGAUAAUUAGCCUGUAGUUUGUGAUGCCCUGAGCAGCUUCCUCACAGCUUUUUAAGUUGAUGCUGCUGUUACCAAUUCACAGGCUAUUUUGAACUAAGUCAGCAAAGAAUAAUACCAUCCACUUUUCUCUGGACAGAAAAGUUAUGCUUGGCUACUGAGUUAUUGGUAAAACUACUACUACCUCAACAUACUAGUGAGAUUUUAAUAAAAGAAUACAAUUUCAGUGCAAGAGGAAAGCUGCCAGGUCCUGGUGGAUGAGACGAGGAGUGCUGACAGCUUCCAGGACAGCAGCAAGUGUACUUGUUUUCCAUUGAAAUAAAAGGUCAUACUUCAAUUUUCCAUGGGAUAUUAAAAAGAAGUUUGGGAUGGCCAACUUCAGCUUUAAAAACAGAGAAGGCUGUGGUGUCAAUUUUAGUCCUGACCCUUUUCUGUUAAAAAAAACCAA